ACGCACUUCACCACGCUCAAGAAAUACUUCGAAACACAUCGAAAACUACGACACACUUCAUUGCUUUGAUCAUGUCACUCGAAAGUCUUCAAAACAAUGGUCUUUUUGUCAUCCUUUUCCUGCGAACUUCACCGCACACGACGAACAAUUUCCAUUGGGGACUCUAUCUACACCGUUUUGGAAAGCGAGGAGGAACCAAGUAUCACAUUAAACAACAGGGUGCUGGUUGGAUUACAGACCACGGGAAUACUGCUGGUGUCUUCAAGUCUUUCUUGCUCGUUGGACUCUUCCAAAUCGCAACCAUCCGUGAUGGUUGGGAGGACUAUGUCGACCAACAACUCCGAACAUACGAUUCUUCACUGAACAACUCGCCCAAUAUCACCUGUCGCGUCUGGGUCCUUUGGGUUCUGGCGUUACUGCAGAAAGAAGUGAACGGCUACAAGCUCCUCAAGUGUGCCGAUCUAAGUGCACUAGAGGCAGAAAUCAUGGAGUGGGGGAAUGCGAACGCCGCAGCCGCCGAUGCAAACCAACAACCUCGACCAGUCGCAGUUUCAAAAUACAUUCAGGGAUAA